GCAAGGUACGCCAGUGCAGAGUGAAGCAUAGGAACAUCUGUCGACCCACAACGUCGUACGAGCAAGCUCGUCACUGCGUCGCAUGUAUACAGCCGAUUGCGGGAAACGAUGAUAUCACAACAAGCAGAGUAGAUACGUAUCUUAUAUUGACAGAUAGCGGGUUACUUGUGCUAGAGUUCUGAGCAAGCGAGAAGAGCCUAUCAUGUCGUGGUAUCAAGCAAUAUUGAGCAGAAAUAGAAGAGUGCCUCGGGAGGUAUCGAGUCUCAAAAGCGAGCCCCUUCGUGCUGGAGCUUCCAGAGCUUCCGAAGCUACCCCUCCAAGCUUCAGCGUCAUCUUGCGUGCUUUCUCAGCAUUGUCUAGACCUUCUCUUCGAUAUAUAAAGUGUUCAGGCCUCAGCUGAAUCAGUCCUUGUUCAAUUAAGCUCUCCAACAUCAAGAAUGGCUCUCGCACCCAAGUUCGCUGGGCAGAAGCUCGCUGCCGCUGCCAUCCAACCCAAAGCUGUCCACACCAUUGAGAUUUACCUCGACUACGUCUGUCCCUUCAGCGCCAAGAUAUUCAAAACUGUCUACAGCUCGCCUCUGCGCAAGACGCUCCUCGAGAAGUACUCCGAUCGCGUCGUCACCAUCUUCCGCCAGCAGAUCCAGCCAUGGCACCCAUCCUCUACGCUUGUACAUGAAGCGGGCUUCGCUGUGCUCAAGGUUCAGCCGGACAAGUUCUACGACUUCAGCGAGAAGCUGUUUGAGCAGCAGAAGGACUUCUUCGAUGCGAACGUGGUGAACGAGACCAGGAACAACACAUACAAGCGACUGGCGAAGAUUGCAGGGAGUGUAGGCGUCAACGAGCAGGAGGUGUACAAUCUGUUGGAGAUUAGUGACAAGCCUGACAAGGACGGAGGGCUGAAUGUAGGAAACGGGGUGACCGACUUUGUCAAGCUGCAGACAAAGCAAAACCGACUGCAGGGUGUCCACGUAACACCGACGGUCGUCUUUGACGGCGUUGUCAACAACGAUAUCUCCUCAGGCUGGACGGAGCAACAAUGGGAGGAGUGGUUGGAACAGAAUGUUGUGUGACUGGAUGGUGGUGAUAGACCAAGAUUGUGAUCAGUGUCACAAGAUGCAGACAUGUUGAAAUGCAA